AAAUAAUCGAACAUGAUUAUCUCGUAAAGCAUUAAAAAAACUUGUCUGGAAAAUGGCAUUCAAAGCGAUUCUCUUUCUGGGUUUACUUCUGGCCGUGAUAGCUUCUCCGACCACCGCCGAUGGUGGACCAGUGUGUCCGGAGAGUUCCACGUUUGGUCGGGGAAGCUUUCCCGAUGGUUUCUUGUUCGGUGCUACCACUUCUGCUUUCCAGCAUGAAGGUGCACCAGAAGAAGGAGGCCGAGGUGUGAGCAUUUGGGACUCAUUCACCCAUAAACAUUCAGAAAAAAACAAUAACCUGGAUGGCAGGCUUGGAGUUGAUUUCUAUCAUCAUUACAAGGAGGAUGUCCAACUAUUGAAAAAGCUGAACAUGGAUGCCUUUAGGUUCUCUAUUUCUUGGUCAAGAAUAUUUCCCCAUGGGAAAAAGGACAAGGGAGUGAGUGAAACUGGAGUUAAAUUCUACAAUGAUCUUAUCAACGAGCUCAUUGCAAACGGUGUAACGCCUUUGGUUACCUUGUUUCAAUGGGAUGUACCUCAGGCCCUUGAAGAUGAAUAUGGCGGGUUCUUAAGUGACCGUAUUUUGGAUGAUUUCCGGAAAUUUGCAAAGUUUGCCUUGAAUGAAUAUGGUGAUAGAGUGAAGCAUUGGGUUACUAUAAACGAGCCUUAUGAAUUUAGUAUCGGUGGAUAUGACACGGGAGAGAAAGCACCAGGAAGAUGUUCUAAAUAUGUCAAUGAGAAAUGCGUUGCGGGAAAUUCUGGACAUGAAGUCUACACUGUUAGUCACAAUUUGUUGUUGGCUCAUGCCGAAGCUGUGGAAGAAUUCAGGAAAUGUGUAAAGUGCAAAGAUGGAAAGAUUGGAAUCGUUCAGAGUCCAAUGUGGUUUGAGCCUUACGAUAAGAAGUCCAGCUCAGAUCCUUCAGAGGAGAUAGUGAAGAGAGCUAUGGAUUUCACUUUAGGCUGGCAUAUGGAACCAAUAACACAUGGAGAUUACCCUCAGACCAUGAAAGAUAGCGUUGGUGCUCGGUUACCAUCGUUUACGCCCGAACAGAAGGAGAAACUUAAGGGUUCUUAUGAUUUUGUUGGUAUCAAUUACUUUACUUCUUCGUUUGUUGCUCAUGUGGACAAUGUUGAGUCAGAGAAACCGAGUUGGGAAGCUGAUUCUCACUUGCAGUUACAUUCACAAAAUCCAGAUGGGUUCAAGAUUGGUUCUCAGCCACCUGCUGCGAAAUACCCAGUUUGCGCAGACGGUUUAAGAAAAGUUUUGAAAUACAUCAAAGAGAACUAUGAUGAUCCAGAAAUCCUUGUCACUGGAAACGGGUACAAGGAGACACUCGGAGAGAAAGAUGUACUUCCCGAUGCACUCAGCGAUAAUAACAGGAAGUAUUAUCAUAUGAGACAUCUCAUGGCAUUACACGGAGCAGUCUGCGAGGACAAGGUUAAUGUUAAAGGGUACUUUGUGAUGUCGCUAAUGGAUGGACUUGAGUGGGAAGAUGAGUACAAGACGAGGUCAGGACUGUACUAUGUAGACUAUGCACACAAUUUGGGAAGGCACGAGAAACAAUCUGCCAAGUGGCUCUCCAAGCUCCUUGAGAAAGUCUCGAUUCAGUCCAAGGUUGAUUCGGAAUCAAGGAAGGAGUUAUAAAUGAUCGGAGAUUAAAUGAUUAUCCAUUUCGCAGCUCUGUGUAACCGAUUAUAUAACGUAAGAUGUGUUUUUUUUUUUUUAAUCUUAAAAAGAGUGUAAGCCAACGAUCUAUGUAAUCAUAUAUACAAUAUGAAUAAGAAA